AUGACUUUCAAGCUUGCACCCCCUCAACGCGUCCUGAUCAUCGGCGGAGGGGAGUUUGGUGCUGUCACUGCACUGGAGCUCGCCAAGGGCCCCUACAAGGGCCAGGCGCAUCUCAUCACCAUCCUCGACAGAUCCCCUACUCCUCCAGCAGUCGACGCCGCCUCUUACGACCUUAACAAGAUUGUUAGGCAGGAGUACAGUGACCGCCUGUACGCUAAGCUUGCCCACGAGUCAAUUCUUCUUUGGCGCAACGACCCCGACUGGAAGGACAACUACCACGAGUCUGGCAUCGUUGUGUCAGUGCGCAAGGACAACCAACGCAACGAGUACGUCCAGCGCUCACUUGAGGCGAACUCGAUGCCAGGUAUGGAGAACCCGGGCCUUGACGCACGGGUGCUCCCUGAGCGCAACGAUGUCGAGGGCGUAUACCCUUCCAAGGUCGUGCUUGGUGACUUUGCAGACGAGUCUGUUUACGUCAACCAGGCCGGUGGUUGGGCCUACUCGCGCGGUGCUACCGAGGCGGCUAUUUCCCGCUGCCGCACGGUCGGUGUCACGUUCAAGGCCGGUACAGCCAAACACUUGAUCAUUGAUCAGGAGAAGAAGCGUGUGCUGGGUGUCGAGACCGAAUCUGGUGAACAGCACUUUGGCGACAAGGUCAUUGUGGCGUGUGGCGCCUGGACGCCCACCCUUGUUCCCGAGCUCAAGGUCGAGUGUCUCCCCACUGGGCAGGUGGCCGGUAUGAUCCAGCUUACCAACGAGGAGUACGAGCGGUACAAGGAUGUGCCUGUGACCCGUCUCAUCGACAAUGGCUUCUACAUUUUCCCCCCCUCAGCGACCGGCAUUGUCAAGUUUGCUCUCCAUCAGAAGGGCUACCUUAAUCCCACAGGCAACUACCCUUCGCUCCCGCGAACAGUCCUUUCUCGUGGAUACGAGUUCCAACGCGUACCCGAGGACGCCCGCCAGCAGCUUCUUGUUGGCCUGAAGCGUAUAUACCCUGAGCUGGCGGCCAAGCCCUGGCAUGCCUCACGUCUCUGCUGGUACUCGGACCGCCCUAACGGCGACUGGCUCCUCGACUACCACCCGGAUUACAACGAGACGCUAUUCGUCGCUGCGGGCUGCUGUGGCCACGGGUUCAAGUUCAUGCCUGUGCUUGGCCGCCUUAUUCACCAGAGCCUGGAGGGUAAGCUCCCUAAGGAGUACGCCGACAUCUGGGCUUGGGUCCACCGCCGCCCUGAGCGUCGGGAUGAGAGCCGCACCUUCUCGGAGCGCAAGCGUCUCGAGCCCGACUUCAAGACUAAGCUUUAA